AUCUCCAUUGGUGAGUCAGUGUAAAGACAGAAGAACUACACAGACAUCCAGAAAUCAGUACUUCACUCUUCCUCAGGAUGCCUGAUCCAGGUAUUUUCUCCCCUGUACUCAGCAAGCUACCAGUUUUGAGAUCUUGUUCAGUCCUCUGAAGCAGAUGUCUAUUGCAUGCCUUCGAUACACGCUCCUAAUCAGUUUACGAGCUUUCCUUGACCUACGCUUCUCUUCCUAAUGCUGAUCUGACUAUGGCUGUCCUCAAAGUAAAAUUCACCAAAACUAAGAGGGACAAAUUGGCUCAGAUCUUAUGGAUCCUCAACUGGGUUUCUGUGGUGAGCGGGAUCAUUCUCUUCAGUCUUGGCCUCUUUCUGAAAAUAGAGAUCAAGAAGCGCAAUGAAGUAAUGGCAAAAGGGGAUGUUAACUCUGUCCCCAACAUGCUGAUCUCUGUAGGAGUCAUAGCGUGUAUCAUCAACUUUCUGGGUGGCAAAAUCUGCUAUGACUGCUCAGAUGCCAACAAGUUCUCUCGAUGGAAACUAGUUAUGCUCCCAUACAUUGUAUGUACCUUCUGUUUUACCUUCUGCAUCCUGGUGGGUGCUCUCAUGUGCUAUACCAUGAGGAACGAGCUGGAAGAGUCUCUCUAUCUGGGACUGAGGGAUGCUAUUAAGUUCUAUAAGGACACGGACAUACCUGGACGAUGUUUCUUAAAGAAAACAGUAGAUAUGUUACAAAUUGGAUUCCAAUGCUGUGGAAACAAUGGCUUUAGAGACUGGUUUGAAAUUCAGUGGGUAUCUGCUCGUUAUCUGAAUAUGGCUUCCAAGGAAGUUCUGGACCGUCUAAAGAGCAACGUUGAUGGAAAGUUCUUGGUGGAUGGAGUACCCUUCAGCUGCUGCAACCCAAGCUCCCCACGGCCCUGUAUCCAGUACCAGCUGACAAACAACAGUGCUCACUACAACUACGAUUUUCUGACAGAGGAGCUCAAUAUCUGGGUGAAGGGGUGCAGAGAGGCCCUGCUGGAUUACUACACAGCUAUUAUGAGAUCCAUUGGUAUCACAGCAUUGUUUAUUUGGUUGUUUGAGCUCUCUGUACUUAUUGGUGUCCGGUACCUACAAACAGCGAUGAAGAAUGUCCUUCUGCUAGGAGAUUUGGAGGGUGAAUCAGAUGGUUGGCUACUAGAAAACAGCUUUGUGGAAGCUGCCAAAUACAACAUCAACAUCAUUAAGAACCUCGGCAAAGCCAAUCAGAUCUCCACUGUCUCAGGCAUGAACGACCCCAACAUUGAUGUUCAAAACACAAAGUGUGGCAAAACCAAUGUUACAACAAAAUCUAUCCCGGCAGCUAGCUAGGCAAGACUUCAAAGAAAUGACAUCGCAAGUGUAGCUUUGACAUAUUACAGUUACCAGAUUUUUCACAGGUGGGGAAAAAAAAAGGUAGGGAAACUAAUAAGACAAUUGAACAAACCACAGACUGGUGACAGCUCCAAAAAUGCUGAUACUUCUUUGGCUGGAUGUAUUUUACUCAUUCUUGUGAAAUCCCCAAUUUUCAACACUGCACAAAACAAACUUUUGGAAUUUUCCCCACUUUCUCUCCCUUGCUUACAUACUUCUGUCACGGUCCAGAUACGUCAGAAUAAUCAUUAUGCAUGA